AUGGUCCUCCUAUCUCUGCUUGUUGGCCUGGCAGCUAGCCCAUUCGUUCUGGGUGCUGCAUAUUACCCCCGCCGUUCUACUCAGCAAGUGACCACUUCCUAUGGUACCGUUCAAGGAGCUACAUCAGACCUCAACAGCGCCGUCAAUGUUUACAAGGGCAUCCCAUUUGCAACCCCACCAAUUGGUGACUUGAGAUGGACAGCGCCUACCGCACCGUCCAACUGGACUGGAACUCUCAAUGCAACAUCUUUUGGAGCCGAUUGUGCCCAAAGUUAUUCAGCUCUCGGCCUUUUCUCUUCUGGCAGCGAAGAUAUCUCAGAAGAUUGUCUCUACAUGAACAUCUGGACGCCAGCAAAUGCGACAUCUACUUCAAAUCUCCCCAUAUAUGUUUGGAUCUACGGUGGAAGAUUUGAGGGAGGUGCUGGAAGUGUGCCUACAUACGACGGUUCUCACCUUGCGUCAAAGGACAUUGUCGUUGUGAACUUCAACUAUCGCAUGGGCCCUUUCGGUUUCCUAGCUCAUCCUGAACUCAAUGCUGAGUCUGGUCAUAACGCUUCUGGAAACUAUGGGCUUCUUGAUCAGAUCCAAGCUCUCACUUUUGUGCAGUCGGAGAUUGCGACCUUUGGUGGUAACCCCGAUCACAUCACUGUUGGUGGACAGUCAGCUGGCUCUGCAAGUGCUUUAGACAUGAUGUACAGCCCUCUCAGUAGCGUCAAGAUUGUCGCAACUAUUGCUGAAAGUGGGGCACGCGGCCCACACGACCCAGAAACCUAUGGUUUAGCAACCGCUCAUCGUACUAAAGCCGCAGCUGAGGGCAGCGGUAUUACAUUCUUGGCUGAGAUGAAUGUCACCUCCAUCGCUGAACUUCGAAAUGUCUCAAUGGACGAUCUUCUCGUCUACGAUAAUUCGGGGGACACCGUUCUUGACGGUACUGUCUUUAAAAAUAGCUCCGCCAUCCAGGAGCCACCACUUUGGCGCCCGGUCAUAGACGGCUACGUUUUACCAUACCUCUAUGGAGAAUCACUCCGGUUAAACACUCACGGUGAUAUUCCCAUCUUGACAGGAGACAACAAGGGCGAAACCUCAGAUGACACAAUGACUCUCGCUGAAUACGAAGAAGGCUUCACAGAGAUCAUGGGCAACCUAUCUGCCGCCUUUUUUGAAGCAUACCCUGCUACUGAUGCGGCUACUGCCGGAAAUAUGAGCUUCGCUUUCUGGGACGACGUGAACCGCGUCUCAACGUACGACUGGGCUCAAGCUUGGUACGGCGGAGGGGCAACCAACGAUGUCUUCGUCUAUUACUGGACUCAUGCGCCACCAAACCAAACUGCAGGCGCUUAUCACGGAUCUGAAUUGUGGUAUGUCUUUGGAAACAUCCCAACUUAUUACAACUUGACUUGGACUACGCAAGAUUAUGCCUUGCAGACCCAGAUGUCGGCAUACUGGGCCAACUUCAUCAAGACUGGGAAUCCGAACGGUGGCAAUCUCACUACUUUCCCGGCAAACACUGAGAAUGUUACUGAGGUUAUGUGGCUGGGUGACUCGACUGGUUCUUCGUACUUGACUCAGAAUACGAGCGGGUUCACAGUGAUUCAAGAAUUUUUCUCCCAGCAGAUUGAGUUUUAG